AUGGAGGACAGGGAAGUAGCAACACAAAAGGAGACUGUAGAUAACAUAUGUGUGAAAGACUCCACUGAAAACCAGACUAAUGAAGCUACAGGCGAAGGUUCCUCACAGAUGUCAAACCCUGGAUCGGUUUGUAAGCCGUCCGAGGAGACGGGAGCUCGGUAUAACCGGUUGAAGUUGUUCGACAAAGUGAUGCAGAAGAGCCUGGAAAAGUUAAUCGACCAUGCCAAUUUUAACAGAUUCGCCAGCACGUUUCGUCCGCUGUACAAGAAGAACCCUCAGAGGAUGGAGAGCAUUCACAAGCAGUUCAUAGAGGAGUUGCGGAGGACUAUACAGGAGGACAUCAGCAGAUUGAUUGAAGAAGGCCAGUUAGAGUUCAAACUGAAUGAGCUGGACAAACUGGAGAGUGCUGCCAAGAACAAUCCAGACGCUGCGUGGCGUCCGAGUGGCGUUCCUGAGCAGGACUUUUGCAGCUUUUUGAUGCCAUACUAUCAAAAGCAGGAGGCCUACAUGCGACUGGAGCUGAAAAAGAUUCAAGCAGAGAAUGCUGCCCUAGCACAGAAGGUUCAGGCUGGUAGAGAAAGUAUUGAUCAGACUGAACACCGUAUUUCUACCACUGUUGAUGAGUGGAAGGCAUCAGUCACAGAGUUUGAAAGGCUGGCAUCUUCUCUCUGCCCUGAUGUCUUUGAUGUGUGAUCUUCAAAUGAUUUGACCUGCAGAUAAAUCAACUAUCUUAACUGUACAUAUUGAUUUUGUUUACUAUGCCUGUUUGUCUGAAAAUAAACUUGAAAUCUUGGAAAUAAUAAU